GCCGUUGGCAUUUGAAACGGUCUAGCGAUAACUUGUUCGGGCCUGGCGUGUUUUGCUGAGCCGGUCACUCACUACGGAGAAAUGAGAGGGCAACGGAGUUUUGGCGAAGAAGGAAAAGAGCUUUGCUUUCCAAUAUGUUUAUUUUUAAGAGUAAGCCCAUCCCUGUGGGUGGUGGCUUAACAAACGGUUGACUCUGAUUGGCAACUGAACCUGUGGGACGGGCCAACGGCCCUACCGCCUUUUUUUCUUUGUAUAUUUGGGCUAUAAAAAUCGGGACGACAUGCUGUCCCUCAGACUUGGCUGAAAUCAGGAUUGCUGAUAGAUCAGUGAGCCUCCGUACUAUGUACGUUAAAACGAGUCUGGGCUCUAACAGUCAUUGAGACAGUAGAAGAGUGAGACUUUGUUUCUCAAUUGUUCAAGUUUGUAAUGUAUUUGUUUUACCUGCCAUGUAUAUAGAAAAGUUCUCGUAUAAAUAUUUCUUGUACAUCUGACCUCAUCGUUUCCUGCCUGCGUUUGAUCAACCACUGCCGAUCAUCGUCCGAGAAGCUUCAAGUUCCAACGGUGAAGCGAGGACGGAGAACGAACGAAACUUUACUGGCGCAGCCGACAGGAUCGGCAAGCCCCACAACGAGCAACGAGCAGCGAGCCAGGCGCAAGGCAUCAGAGGGCUACCAGCCAAUUCCGCAACGGUUGCAAUUCAUCUGGACGAGGACGUCAGGCGGCGCCCCCAGCAGCAACGGGUGAGCGGGAUUCCUUGCGUUUUGUCUAGGUUGGCAUGGCUGUUGUUCAGUGAGGUUAAUGGUGUUCACGCGCAGAACAGCAAAUGCGAGUGAGGCUAACGUAAACAUUGAUACGGCAUCUGAACAAAGAGAGGGUCAGAGACGGCAGGAACUACAACGCAUCGGAGAGACCGAGUCUGAGACGUCGGAUACUGAAAUGGAUAGUGAGACGCAAGGAGCUUCGCAGGCUCCGAGCACGACAGAUCCAGAGGCCAUGGCGGUGAGACGCCUGGAGCUGGAGCUGGAAAAGGUGCGCCUACAGCUAGAGUGCGAGCGCAUUGCUCUACGGAGAGUGGAGCUCGAGCAGUCGAGCAGGCCGCCUUCGGAGUCGGAAGGAAGCGAUCGGCGCGGUGCCAUCACGGAUGGAAUAGCACAAUGUGCUAAAGUGCUUAAGGCAUACCGGUUGCCGUGUGACGCUGACGUUCCGAUAUGGUUUGAUGAGGUCGAAAAGUUGUUUUCAUCUUUUCAAGUACCGGCACAUAGCCGGGUACAUUUGAUCAUGCCUGCGCUGGCCGAGCGGGUCCGUUAUCUGUUGCGUGGCCUUAAUGACGAGGAAUGUACAGAUUAUGAGACUGUAAAGAAGGCAGUAUUAGAUGAACUUAAGCUCACGCCAGCUAAAUACUUGGAGAGGUUUGAAAAGGCAUCUAAACGAAAGGAGGAAACUUGGGCUCAGUUCGCGUCCCGCGCUAGAACCUAUUUGGCCUAUUACCUUCAGUCUCGCACUGCAAACACCAAAGAAGCUAUGACGGAGCUUAUGGUCGCUGACCGUAUGAAAGCUAGUCUAAGCUCAGAAGCCCUAGAAUAUGUUCUUUUGCGGGAAGGCGAAGAUUGGUUUAAGCCAGUGGAGGUGGCAAAAGUACUCGAGACUUUCGAGCAAGCUAAAGGGAAAGGACGAGCAACUAAGCCAGCCGCAACAGCCUCAUUGCCGCAGCGCGCAAAACUAGCUGGCCCGCAGAGGACAAAUUUAAGAUGCCACGUGUGUCAUAUACAGGGUCACCUAGCCAGAGACUGCCCAAAAGCUUCAGAUAAAGAACCGCAGGGGAAGCCACCGACUGUGCAAAAACAAAGGGUACAGAAGGUUGCUGUUGUAAGUGAAGAACCUCCACCAGAGCAAGAAAGGGUGCUAAGCGCUAGAGUACAUGUCGUAGCUCAAAAUGCUAGCUCGGGGAGGUCGAAGCUGGACCUAAUCCCUAUCAUGUGCGGGGAUAUAGCAACGGAAGCUGUGUUGGACACAGGUAGUGAGAUAACGGUAGUCCGUAAAAGUAUGUUGCCCAUCGAUUUACAGGAGCCAUCACGAACAGUAAGACUUGAGUCGGCAUUCGGAAACACCAUUCGAGCUAAGCUAGCUACGCUGCCCGUAGGCAUGCAUCGCCCGGGGGCUGUGAUACAACCGCAGAGGAUCGAUCUGGUGUGCGCGGUUACCGACGAACUUGCAAACGGGGUUGACUGCCUGCUGUCAAAGGAAGAUUGGGAACUACUACGGGCGCAGGAAAAAGAGGAGUUUGGAGAGGAAAAUAUUCCGCGGGCAGGGGUCCGAUCAGUCGAAAUGGUCGAUAACACUGAGCCGGACUGCGGUCUAAGUUUCGAAGAAACGACAGAGCAAAUGCCUAAGUUGCAAGAGAAUAGUUUCAUACAAGAUGUCACUGGCACGGACUAA